GCGCUCGCCGAGCCAGCCCUCCGCGCGUCCGCAGCGCCAUGGGGAAUAUCUCCUCCAACAUCUCCGCCUUCCAGUCACUGCACAUCGUCAUGCUGGGCUUGGACUCUGCGGGCAAAACCACGGUGUUGUACCGGCUCAAAUUCAACGAGUUCGUCAACACGGUGCCCACCAUCGGCUUCAACACGGAGAAGAUCAAGCUGAGCAACGGCUCCGCCAAGGGCAUCAGCUGCCACUUCUGGGACGUGGGCGGCCAGGAGAAGCUGCGCCCGCUCUGGAAGUCCUAUAGCCGCUGCACGGACGGCAUCAUCUACGUGGUGGACUCAGUGGACGUAGACCGGCUGGAGGAAGCCAAGACUGAGCUGCACAAAGUCACCAAAUUCGCCGAGAACCAAGGCACCCCGUUGCUGGUGAUCGCCAACAAGCAGGACCUGCCCAAGUCGCUACCGGUGGCGGAGAUCGAGAAGCAGCUGGCUCUGCACGAGCUGACCCCGGCCACUACCUACCACAUCCAGCCCGCUUGCGCCAUCAUCGGCGAGGGACUCACCGAAGGCAUGGACAAACUCUACGAGAUGAUCCUCAAGCGCAGAAAGUCCCUCAAGCAAAAGAAAAAGCAACGAUAGACAAGAGACCCCGAAAGGGAGCUGCGGCGCCAUGAAACCCAAACGGAGCAGCUUGAUCUCCUGGUUUGACACAUCCCUUACGGAGCAUCAGAUGAAUGCCUGGGUCCAUCCACCUUUCCAUGCUGUCCCAGACCCCUUCCGUUUGCUUUCCCAUUAAGAGGCAGGGUAUCGUUUUCGUGUUGGCUGGCACUUGGGAUGCAGGUCAGAUCUGCGCAUGUCAGCUUCCCCCUCCCGCUGCGAAGCCGCUAUGAGCCCGUGGAACUCUCCUGA